AUGCGUUUCUCUAUUGUCUUCACUACCCUCUCGGCCAUCGCUCUGGCCAACGCCCAGAGCAGUGCCUCCGUCGAGACCGCCGUUGACGACCACCCUGCCACUCAGUACCUGACCCAGACAAACUCUCUCGGCGUCGUGACUGGCCAACCUGAAGCCAUCACUACUCAGCCCACUGCUGUCACCAGCCAGGCUGCUGCCGUGACCUCGCAAGAGCCCGCCGCUUCCAUCCCCGCUGGCCUGACUUCGCCCGUUGCCGGUCCCGGCGCCACUCAGACCACUUUGUCUACUGCCUCCAGCGGCACUGGCACUGGCACCGGCUCCUCUGCUACCGGCACCGAGACCUCAUCCUCCUCUAACGCCACUGGUACCUCCUCCACUAGCUCCAGCUCGUCUGACUCCUCCGAGUCCUCGUCCAGCUCUGGCUCUGGUUCUAGCUCCAGCUCGUCUGCUUCUGCUUCCGCUUCCGGCUCAGCCUCUACCGGUGGUGCUGCUAUGGCCACCGCUGGCCCCGUCGGUCUCGGUAUGGUUGCCGGUGCUGCUCUCGUUGCUUUCCUGUAA